CCUCGCUGAAGCCAGCGCUAGCGGAGAGCAGGCGCCGCGGCGCGCACACGUGGGGCCGACAGCCGGGGCUCCCGGCAGCCGCGCCGUGCCCGCCGGCCCGGGGGGAACCCGCCUUGCCUCGGCGUCCACUCCGCCGCCGCCCCUCCGCAGGGUCGCGGGGACUCUCACGCACCGUGUUUCUGCGGCCGCCGCCACUGCUCUGCCAGGCAUGCCUUGGAACUGAAUUCUUAAUGAAGUGACCUUACAGGAUGAAAGAAAAAAUGAUCACCUAUUUUUCUAAUACCUGAUUUUGUCCUUGGUAGCAACAGAGUUUACUGUGAAAGGAGGAUCUUUCUGGAUACCUUAAAGACAGUUGAUAGGCAUAGCAAAAUGCUUUGUUUGAGGAAGGUUUGCUUGUUUAUGCUGAGACGUUACCAAGCUCGGACUCUGAGCAGUGAUCUGCUUUUGAACCAGAUAAAUAGCUGCACGCAUGAAGAUGAAGUGUUCAGCCUCGUUGGAAAGAACAAGGUCAGACUUUCUGAAAAACAUGUGGGAAAUGCAUUGAACAUGCUGUGGCAAUUGCAAAAGAAGAGGCCAUUUCCCUUCAGGACUACUGACUAUAUAAGAAAUCACUCCCAGUUCCUUACCCUUUGCGUUUUAGCAGAAAAUAAGGUGGAACACAUGGAGGAUGAGGCUAUAGUGGAUAUCCUGUAUAGCAUUUUGAGGCUCAAUGUUGAAGGCCAUGAUUCUCUAGUGGAAGUGCUUGUUACAGAAGCAUGGAAAAGAUUAGAGAGGCUUAGCUUGUCAACUCUGUCUAAAUUCUCACUGUGUUUACACAAGCAACAGAGGCAUUUAAGUCCUGUAACUGGCAAAAUAGCUCAUAUUGUGGACAUGAAACUGGAUUCUAUACAGGAUGUAAGGAUCUUAUCAGUUUUGAUGAUCAGCAUAUCUGAUGUUAUCUCGCAGAGUUUUCGAGAUCGAUUGCUACACAAGGCUGAACAGCUCUUGGAAGAAAAGGAUGAAGCUCACUUCAACUAUGCCAAAAGAAUAUUACAGUUUCUUCAGAAUUUUCAACUGAAAUAUCAUCCCUUGCUAGAAAAAUGCAACAAGAUUUUCCUUAAAAGUGCCUCUUGCCUUGAUGUACACAGUAUUAAUCUUAUUGUUGGAUUGUACGAGCAGCUGGGUUUUGACGGUGCUGAAUUCCGCUUGGUUGCUAAACGACUGCUGUCUGAAACUAUGGAUGAUAAUUAUGAUCCUGAGACCUUUGUAAAAUUGUUCUGUACUCUGGGUCCUAUGGCAGGAUCCAAGGUAAGAGAAAGGUUGCUGGUAACUGCAGUGCACAUGGCAGAAGAAUUUAGCAGUCACCAAGUAUUGCUAAUACUGAGGACCCUGCAGAAAAUGAAAUGCAGAAAUUCUCAUUUACUGAAAAAAAUGGCUUCUGUUCUGCACAAACAUUUGGACAGCUAUCGUGUAUUACAGUUGGUAAAGUUAACACAGUACUUGGUGGUGUUGCGUUGCCACGAUCUGGACCUGUUUGCCAGACUAAAGACGUUACUGUAUGGCUUUUUAAUAUCUAGUGUCAUACCUGCUGAUACCACUGCAAUAAUUCGUGCCCUGUCUAUGCUUCCUUCCUGUCAAGUGGAGGAAGUCAUCAUAGACAAAGCAGCAGCAGUUUUACCUCAAUGCAGGCUCCAUCAUUUGAAUGGCAUUGCUGCAGCUCUCGUCAAGUGGAAUCGUUAUGACCAGUUGCACUGGCAAAACAGAUCUGAGCUAUGUGUAAAACUUCUGCAAAAACUAAGCUGCUCUGGAUUUCAGAGGCUUCAGAAAGCCAACAACUUAAAUCUUCUGUUGGAAGAAUUUACACAUAUGAAUGGAGAGUGGUUUGAAGAAGUUCUCAGUGAGGAAGCUGUGGCCACGUGUCAGCGCUUGAUGGACCAGAUAACGUGGGCAAAUGUAUUGCAGUUGUCUCAUUUUCUCAUCAAAAGAAACUACCAUUGCCCUGCAUUACUGGACAGAAUAGCUUCUGUAACUGUUGAAAAUAUAGACAAGGUUCACCCCUCUGAAAUUUAUUUCAUUCUCUUCCUUUUCUCUGCUCUGAAUUAUGACCCUCCUGCCAAUGAACAGUUCUUUGAGAGAUGUAUCCAGUAUCUUACUUCUAACUUAAGUCGUUUUGAAACUCACCACUUGGUGCUGCUUGGUCAUGUUUUGGCAGUGGCUGGGUAUUUUCCUCCCGUUCUGAUCACAAGGAUAUUUAAUGUUUCUUUCCUAAGCCAAUUGGAUGCUCAACUUGAAGUUCUGCCUGAUGUGGUAAAUCAGAGAGUCCGCUCAUGCCUCAUGAAGUUGAACAGAGCAGUCUGUCUGGAAUGCCCAGAGCUUCACAUCCCUUGGUUUCAUGAGCACUACUGCCAACAGGUCUUUCGAAACAGCAGUAGCCGAAUAAAUCCACUGCGACAACAUGUGCACAGAUUACUGACAGAGCUCUUGGGAGGGAGCCAUUAUGCAAGGGUAGCUGUUCUCACACCAUACUACUAUGAAAUAGAUUUUGAGUGUAUUCUAGAUGAAAAUAAAAAGCCUCUUUCCUAUAUGGCUCUGAAUGUGACUUUGGAUGAUGUGGAGAGUAUACGCUUCAGACGUGAUAUCAAGGAUGAUUGGAGAAUGGCUCUGCCACCAGGAGCUCAAAGAAUUGCUUUGGAAUUUCUUGGUUCAAAAGCUUUUAGUAAAGAUUCACAUCACCUGAAAGGAGACUCUGCAUUGAGAAAGCGACACUUGGAAAUGCUGGGGUACCGUGUAGUUCAGAUUCCUCACUUUGAAUGGAAUUCUAUGGUUCUGUCGACAAAAGAGGAACAGCUUGAAUAUCUGAGAAGGCAGCUCUAUGGUAUACAGUGAUCUUGGACAUGGAGUCAAAAGUAUGUCUUACACAAACACUUUAUUGUUUUAAACUUCUUGUAAUCCUGGGAUACUGAGUUGCAAAAAUUUCUUUGUGUGAAUCAUCUGAAUCAAGGCUUGCUAUGGGGCAUCAAGUGUAAAGAAAUUUAAUCCUCAAUUUGUUAGCUAUUGCAAAAGGCAGGUCACAGUGGGCCAUGAUGAUGUGACAGAGAUGCUUAAAAAUCUCCCAUUAUCUGGAAGCUAUUCUUGAAGUACCUGAGUCUUUUGUAGUUUUGCCAUAAAAUUACAUGAUUAUCUCCUAAAUAAAUAGCACAAGAGAUUUAACCAGACAAAAAA